AAGCAGUGUUGCAGUGAAAUUGCAGUAUUUUCCAGGCCGCCCGAAACGGUCACUCUUAUGCGCUUAUAAACAAACAAAAAAUGUCCAAACAAUAUGGACUUAUUAUCCCGGGGCAAGAGAAGAAGGUCCCCGCGAAGCCCGUUAAGCCCGCCAUUUUCGACGAGAGCAGUGCCUCCGAAAGCGAUGAUGCGGACCCAAAAGCCCCACAACUGAAGUCCAAAACCGGGAUAUCCAGUGGACCCAGCUUGAUGGAGCGCCGUGUGGCUCGGCGGCAGCAGCAGAAGGCCCUGGCCGAGGAUCCAACCAUCUUCCAGUACGACGAGCUGUACGAUGACAUGGACAACAAACGCGAGGAGGCCAAGCAAUCGAAGAGCCUGGAGCCCCGGAAGCCCAAGUACAUCGGCCGGCUGAUGGAGCACGCCGAGCGUCGGAAGCUGGAGAAGGAGCUGCGCAUCGAACGGCAGGUGCAGAAGGAUCGCGAAGCCGAGGGCGAGAAGUACAAGGAUAAGGACACCUAUGUGACGGCUGCCUAUCGCAAGAAGCUGGAGUCCAUACGCCAGAUGCAGGAGCAGGAGCAGCGCGACGAGUACCUCGAGGCCAUUGGCGAUGUCACCAAGCAGAAGGAUCUCGGCGGCUUCUAUCGCCAUCUCUACGAACAGAAGAUGGGACCCUCAGAAGGGGAUGCAAAUGUGGAUGUGGUUAAACCGAAGACGGCGCCCUCCACCGAUGAGGUUUCGUAUAAACCGAUUAAGGCGGAGGCCGCUAAGCACCGCAGCUAUCGGCAACGACGACCCUCCGAGGAUCAGGAAGAGGAAGUGGAGGCCAAGGCCAAGUCUGGCCGGGAUCCGGAGGCCAACACGUCCGCCGAUCAGCCGGAAAGCAAGCCAGCCCAGGCUCAUCUGGCCAACAACAUAGAUGCCGAUUCUGAUUUUAGCAUAGAUGACUCCAGCGAUGAGGAGGAUGACAAAACGGAGAAGGGCAAGCAGGAGAAAUCACAAAGCAAAAAGGGCAGCCAGAAGGAGAAGGGCAGCCAGAAGGAGAAGGACAAGCCACAGCAAAGCCCAAAAGCUACCAAAGCCGAUGAAACUGCAGCAGCACCAGCUACGGAAUCGCCCGCCAAAAAGCAAGAUUCGGAUGCGGAGUUGGACGAGAAGGAUCUGCCCGUGCCCACGGUAACCAAGCCUCCGGUGGACCGCACACUCAUCUGGCGCAAAAGGACCGUGGGCGAGGUCUUCGAUGCCGCCUUGGCUCGCUACCAGGAACGCAAACGCGCCCGCCAGGGCUAAAACGCAUCCAAUUAAAGUUCGAGUAGAUGGAAAAACAAA